AUGGUACAUGUAGCAGUCAUGGUCGGCUACGUGGACACCAGUAGAAAAAGAGCUUUUCGUCGGUUUGUCUUCCGACAAAAUACCGACGUCUCCGGAACGCCACAUCCGGACUCGUCGUUCUACCGGCGUGGCAAACAGUUCGACCUCGACAUCAGCAGAGACCGAGCCGUGCUUCUGUGUAUGCAUGACGAGGUCCUGGCCUUGGGUGUAUCACUCGUUAGAGAGCUGCGAUGUCUAGGUAAUCAAGAGCUCAUCCAGGUGUACCACUGCGGUUCGGAAGAACUUUCGGAUGACGCAAUAGAUCUACUCUUCACUGUCGACGACCGACUGGAAAUUGUGGAUGUUUGCUCGGACCUCGCUAGUCGCGAGGUUAUUACCGACAAAAUGGCCGGCAAGUUCAGGAACUGGUGGAUCAAACCGCUUGCUGUGUACCACACCGACGUUCGCCACGUUAUUUUGAUGGACGUCAAUGAUAUCGUCAUCAAGAACCCUGUAAUCUUACGCGACCUGGAAGAAUAUAACAAGACAGGCACGACGUUCUUCUACGAUCGAGUACACUCUCACUGCACCGAGUUCGUUAACGGUGGUGACGGGGACGGAAAGUACCUACCGAAGCUGUUCUCGAACUUCCCCUACGACCAGUUCAACGUCACGGGGGGUGAGAACACGUCGCGCCGGGCAAACGGUAUGGAUAUUAUGCUGUGGUUUAUCACGAAAGAACGCUUCCGAUUCCGAUAUUCGUUCGGUGACAAGGAAACCUUUUGGCUAUCGUUCGAAAUGGCGCACGUCCCGUACUCGUUCUCCCCUUGGGGUGUCAGUGUGGUGUCUUCAUCGCCGAAUAAAGACGCUGAAAAAUAUCCGGACUCGCUGUGUGGUUGUAUUUUACAGUAUCUACCCGAUAGUGGGCUCGAAGCAGAGAUGCUGUAUGUCAACGGCAAGGCGCUGUUGGAUCCGUACCCAGAAGGAAUCGAGAUGGCUACUAAAAUGCGAUCUAACAACAUGUUUAACACAGCUCCCGCACUCAUGACUCCGCGACAGGAACGGCAAGUAUUGAACAAGUCCAACCACCCAGAGACCAAGUUUUCCAGCGAAUGCCUCAUUGGACUGGGCGGAGUUCCACUACCUCAAGAAUUUGCUGGUCACUUGCUGCGGCGUCGGUUGUUUUACUUAGGUGCAACCACCGGAGUAUUUGGAGCGCUGCAGCACCGUGAAACGUAUGAAAUGCGUCAGCUACUUGAGGUGUAG